AUGGCUCAAAACACAAUCCGGCGAGCUCUCGGCGCAGUGAAAGACCAAACAAGCAUAAGCCUUGCAAAAGUAGGUAACAGUGCAUCCCUCUCCGACCUCGACGUUGCCAUUGUCAAAGCCACCCGCCACGAUGACUACCCUGCCGAAGAACGCUACAUCCGUGAGAUCCUCAGCCUCACCAGCUACUCCCGUGCAUUCAUCUCUUCCUGUGUUUCCACUCUCUCUCGUCGCCUCUCCAAGACCCGUAGCUGGACCGUUGCCCUUAAAACCCUAAUCCUUAUCCACCGUGUCCUUGUUGAAGGUGACCCUGCAUACGAGCAAGAGAUCUUCUUUUCCACUCGCCGUGGGACACGCAUGUUUAACCUAUCUGACUUCAGGGAUCAGUCCAGGGCUGAUGGAUGGGAUUUCUCUACUUUUGUUAGAGCUUAUGCGAGGUAUCUUGAUGAGAGGCUUGAGUAUAGGAUGCAUGGGAGAAGGCAGCAGAGGAGGAGUAGGGCGGCUAGUUUGUCUGAGGACGAGGAUGCAGUGGCCGUGAUGACGACGGUGGCUACCAGAGCUACUCCGGUGAGGGAAAUGAAGACGGAUAGGAUCUUUGUCAAGAUGCAGCACUUGUUGCAGCUCUUGGAGCGAUUCCUCGCUUGUCGUCCUACAGGGGCAGCUAGGAACAAUAGGAUAGUAGCAAUGGCAUUGCAACCUUUGAUCAGAGAGAGCCACCAAACAUACUAUGAAAUCCAUGAAAUUAUGAACAUUUUCAUUGAUCGAUUCAUGGAAAUGGAGAUUGCUGACUGUGUCUGUGUUCAUGCCAUAUUCACUCGCCUAUCUAAACAGUUACAAGACCUCUCCUCCUUCUACAAUUGGUGCAAAUCCUCAUCGGUUUCACGUACCUAUGACUUUCCCUUCAUCCACAGCAUCCCCUCAGAUAAACUAGAGCUCAUGGAUGAACUCAUCCGCCACCGUACCAAUCUCACCACCCAUCAAAAUGUACAAGAUCCUGACCUGCAGCUUGAGAUCAACUAUGAUAUUAAUCACAACGUUCCUACGUUACCUCCACCUCCAGAUACAGAUACACAGUCCAAUGAUGAGCAACAUGAAAAAGAUGAUGAGCUUGCCCUGGCACUGGCAUUGUUUAAUGGAAGUAUGGAGUGGCAGGAGUUCAAGGGUGAAGAUGAGGGUGAUGACUGGGAGACGGCACUGGUGCAGUCUGCUGGCGUCUUAUCGAGUCGAAUGCCGAAGCUUGGUGGUAAUUUAGAUAUGCUUCUGUUGGAUGGAUUGUAUCAACAAUCUGAUCAGCAGAUGAUGAUGAAUAGAUUGGUGGUUGAUGGGAGUGCUAGUAGUGUUGCAUUGCCUGUGGCAGCGCCGGCAAUACUUGCAUUGCCGGCUCUGCCAGGAGCUGUUGGAGGGGACGGGGAUCCAUUUGUGGCAUCGCAAGCUGUGCCACCACCGUCAUAUGUGCAGAUGUCGGAGAUGGAAAGGAAGCAGAUGUUCAUGUUGGAGGAGCAGAGAGCCUGGGAACAGUAUGCUAGGGAUGGAAUGCAGGGUAAAUUAGGGUUUGUGAAGUUACAGUCUAAUUAUAGUACUCCUUCACAGCAACAGUACAGAGGUGGUGGUGGAUUUUGA